UCUCAUAUCGGCCCACCGUAUCGGGUCGAUCAUUCUGAUAUGAUCCAACCCAGUCUCCAUACAUUACCCACGCAGUUAGAUCAGAUAUAAGACAAUGGAGCCAGCAUACUUGUAUUCUCAAUAUACAGCAAAACAUACAACCCCAAAGUAUCACAAAUAUGCAGAAUGAUACUGUAACUUACAAUGUAAGUUACAACACCAUAAAUGUUGACUCAGCACACCAAAAGUGGCGCAAUCUAUGAUUGGCCCAAUCCCCAUCUUCAAUCACAUGCGUAUUACGUGAUUGGUCCGUUGCCGCCUCCACCCGAGCAGCAGCUGAUACAGGCGAGUGACGCCGUUGUCACCCUGUCGAUUUCCUCAAUGUAUUUUCUUUUUUCCUCUUCGUUGUUAUUUUGGUCACCGGCUUUUUUUGGCUUGUCUUCAUUCUUGUCGUGUCCGAAAGAUGUCUUCCUUGGUGGUGUAUUAAUCAUUGUCCGUCUUAUCCGUCUCCCUUUCUGAUAACUGAGUCUCCAUCUUUCAACGGUGGUGGCUUAUCAUUUAGCUACUAGCAAGCCAACACCUGUUCGUGCCUGUCACCUGGCUACGU